AUGACCCUUUGGAGGAUGGGAGGCACUCAGAAGAGCUACACCACUAAUCCAAAUGAUUACAAGCUUUUAGAAGAAGUAGGUUACGGCGCCAGCGCCACCGUAUACAGAGCGAUCUAUCUCCCUACCAAUGACGUCAUCGCCGUUAAGAGCUUGGAUCUCGAUCGCAUCAACAGCAAUCUGGAUGAUAUUCGAAGGGAAGCACAAACAAUGAGUUUGAUAGAUCACCCAAAUGUGAUAAGGGCAUUUUGUUCAUUUGUUGUGAAGCAAAACCUUUGGGUGGUUAUGCCAUUCAUGGCUGAAGGUUCAUGUCUACAUCUGAUGAAAACAGCAUAUCCAGAUGGAUUUGAAGAGUCUGCUAUUUCUUCUAUCCUCAAAGAGACUCUCAAGGCAUUGGUCUACUUGCAUCACCAUGGUCACAUCCACCGUGAUGUUAAGGCUGGAAAUAUACUUCUUGACACUAAUGGAGUGAUAAAGCUUGGGGAUUUUGGUGUCUCAGCUUGUAUGUUUGAUAGAGGUGAUAGACAACGUUCCAGAAAUACUUUUGUAGGAACUCCUUGCUGGAUGGCACCCGAAGUCUUGCAGCCUGGAAGCGGAUAUGAUUUCAAGGCUGACAUUUGGUCAUUUGGAAUUACUGCACUUGAGUUGGCUCAUGGUCAUGCCCCUUUCUCAAAGUACCCUCCCAUGAAGGUCCUGUUGAUGACCAUUCAAAAUGCGCCACCUGGACUUGAUUACGACCGGGAUAAACGGUUUUCUAAGUCUUUUAAAGAAAUGGUGGCAAUGUGUUUGGUGAAAGAUCAAACAAAAAGGCCAACUGCUGAGAAGCUGUUAAAACAUUCUUUUUUUAAGCAAGCUAAAGCUCCAGAACUUUCUGUCAAGAAACUUUUUGGUGACUUGCCACCACUUUGGCAUCGUGUCAAAGCCCUCCAGCUAAAAGAUGCUGCCCAACUAGCACUUAAAAAGAUGCCUUCAGCCGAGCAAGAAGCCAUAUCACACAGCGAGUAUCAGCGAGGUGUUAGUGCUUGGAAUUUUGACCUUGAAGAAUUAAAAUUCAGAGCAUCCUUGGUGCAAGAUGAUGACGAAAUUCAAGAUAUCAGGGACCUUGAUGUAAAUUCGACUUCAUCUGCCAAUAAUGAAGCAUCCAAUUCGAAGGCUGCUACUAUUGAGAAAAAUUCCACAAGCGAGAUUGAAUCUAGUGAUGAAGUUGUUGUCCCAUCUGAAUCCGUAAGCAAUAAAGAAAGUAAUGUGGGAGAAAUUGAUAAUAAUAAUAAAGGAAGUAUUGUUGUUGAAGAAAAAAGCAGAAAAGAAACAGAGCAACCACAAGCAGAUAAAGAAGCAGUAGUAGCACAGGCUAAAAAUAGAAUUUUAACAACAACAGGAGGAGGAGGAAGAAAUCGCCAAACACAGAGUGGACCUCUUGUGGCUGCUGCAGUCUUGAAUCAUUCAAAGUCUGACAGGACUCGUACUUUAGAAAGGUCUGAAACUGAAACCUCACAAGCUGUUGAUAAAGUCCAUCAUCAAGUAAGAAGAGCUCCCAGUUUUAGUGGUCCUUUAAACCUUCCAAACCGAGCUUCUGGAAACAGUUUGUCAGCUCCAAUUAAACCAUCUGGAGGAUACAGGGAUUCUUUGGAUGAUAAGUCAAAAGCAAAUUUAGUACAAAUAAAAGGACGAUUUUCUGUGACAUCAGAAGACCUAGAUCUUGUAAAGGAUAUUCCAUUGUGUACAGUUCCUCGAAGGUCCCCCCAGGACACAUUACUGAGGAAAUCUGCGAGUGUAGGAGAGUGGAUAUUUGAUUCGAAACAGCCUACACCUAGGGAGAUGAAUAGCAGUUCCGUUUCUGUACAUAACAAUUUGCCUGCAUCAGUUCUCAUGCCCCACCUUCAAAACCUCUUUCAGCAGACAUCACUUCAACAGGAUCUUAUCUUGAAUCUGUUGAAUAGUUUGCAACCAGCUGAGGUAGCAGCAGAAGCUUCUCAAAAUGGGAAAUUGCCACCGUUGCCUCGAAGCUCUGAGAACAAUGGAGCUGUUGAAAUUUCUGAUAGAGAACGUUUGCUGCUUACCAAGGUUUCUGAGCUACAAUCCAGGUUAACAGUCUUGACCGAGGAAUUGACUGCCGAAAAGUCAAAAUACGUACAGUUACAACAGCGAGUUGAUGCUAUUACAAACCGGGAGGAUAGCCAGAAAGGUGAAGCUGAUGCUUCUUAAUAUCCCACCUGGAAAUUACAACUCAUAUAAUGCUUGCUUGCUGUGUAUAUUCUGUGGAGAUGGUGAUGAAGAACAGUUGGAAGGAUGUGUAAUAAGUUUUUGAGUAGCAAUGAUAUGAUAUGAUAUGAUGAUUUCUUCUUCCUCAAGUUGAAAUGCAAAAAAGCAAAAGCAAUCAAUCUUGCGAGGGUAGUCAGGAAACCAUUUCUUUCAUUCAUUUUUCCCUGUGUAAAAGACAAACAGAGAAAGAAGCGCAUGGAUUUCAUUCUUGAAGCUCAUCCCAUUCACCAUUCUCAUUAUAUAUAUUUAUUAUUAUUAUUAUUAUUAUUAUUAUUAUUAUUAUUAUUAUGUAUGUUUCUGUUAGUGUGUCGAUGUUGUAGCCGCAAACCCUGUAAUUUCUCAACUAAUGUUCACAUCAUCAUAAGUUUUGUUGUAUUUUGGGAUUUUCUGUAAACUCUUAUAUAUAGCACAAAUGUGAAUAUCACAAUAAAACGUAAGUAAUUUGUGUUUAUUAUUGCGUUUAUCUGCUUUGUCUUUGUUUAUGCAAUAAUAAUAAUAA